GACGGAUGAAGACAGUAGAGAGUGGACAUGUCAAUAGACACUGAUGUAAAAGAGACAGCCACGGUCGUGGCGCAGGGAGGUCUGCUAUUAGAGAAUGCCACUGCAGUCAAAUGUCACGCGUGCAUUAGCUCUUAGCAGUAAACACGUUUUUGUUCCGCUUGUUAUGUGUCUAGUUUUUAACCUUGAAUCAUAAUUUUGGGCCUAUAUUCAGGUCCCGCGGUUAAUUAGAAAAUGCCUCUUGUACAGAAUCAACAAGCCGGAAUAAUUUUGACAGAAACUCCUAUAGGAUCAUUCAAACAGAGGAAACGGAAGUCCAUCAUGGUCACUAUGAUGUUGCUCAUUGUGUCUGUACUCAUCCUUAUCUUUGGACUGGCAGCCACCACCAGGACACAGAACAUCACAGUCGGUGGCUACUACCCUGGAGUCAUUCUGGGCUUUGGCUCCUUUCUGGGAAUCAUCGGAGCCCAUCUGAUAGAAAACAAGAGGCAGAUGCUGGUGGCGUCCAUUGUGUUCAUCAGUUUUGGAGUGGUGGCUGCCUUCUGCUGUGCCAUUGUGGAUGGGGUGUUUGCAGCCAGACACAUAGACCUUAGACCUUACUAUGCCGGCCGCUGUGAUUUCUACGCCAAUUCAAAAUCCUCUGUGGAUUAUGAAGACGUUCACUGCCAGACUUCAUCCCGUGCAACCUGUAACCUACGUGUGAAAUCCAAUACCUGCUACUGCUGUGACCUCUACAACUGUGGCAAAGAACAUCCUCUUUUGGGACAUGGGAAUAAAGAUGUUUUGAAAAAGUUUAGGAAAACGUCCAUGAUUUGGAAGCCCAGCCGUGUGGAGCUGAUGGGGGGCUACCACGAGUACACGGAGGUGGGGAGCUGCGAGGAUGUGGUACACCUUUAUCACCUGCUGUGGUCCGUCACCAUCCUCAACAUCAUCGCUCUCUUCCUGGGCAUCAUCACCGCCGCCGUGCUGGGAGGCUUCAAGGACAUGACGCCCAUGCUGACCCCUGACUCGUGUGAGUCAGAGCCCCUCCCAGCAGCCCCUGUCUCCACAGAGCUUCCAGCUCCCAGCACCUCCUCCUUCAACUGCUACUACAGCAAUGCCCCCUACCUGCCACCCUAUACGGCCUACGACCUGCAGGGCUCCAGCAUGAUGUUCCCUGACUCUUCUGGCCUGUCUGAUGAGUCCCAGUCGGGGGCCAGCCACAUGUGGUCCUCCCUGGUCCCCCCAUGCUACUCUCCACCUUACUGCCCACCCGACGAGAAGCCCCCGCCAUACAGCCCCUAGGAGAGAAGCUGGAACUGGGAAAGAACAGGGGAGGACAUCCGGUAUCAUCUCCUCUUUUGCCAGCUACAUUGGCAACAAAGGGCAAUGGGUAUUGAUGGGUGUUAAUGGACCUUGAAUAUGAACCUGUUUGAACGCGAGCUGCUGCUGCUGCAUAUGGUCCAAACUGUUCCUGAGCAGCCAAGCCUGCCUGAGCUGUGUGGAAUAUAAAGAUACAAGGAGUUAGUGGAAGAAAGAAAGAGAUGUGAUGUGACUAGAAGCCAGUGCUGUGAGGUUUAAUUCAUCCCCCAGUAAGUAUAGCCUGUUAGGAUUCAGUCAAAUCUGGAUGGAGCGGGGGGUAUAGCAAGACCCUGCUUGGCCUACACCCCCUUUUCUCAGCAGACUCUCUCAGUUGGUGCCAGUUUGCUCCCUAACUCUUCCCCUUGGCCCUAACUCUUCCAUGUCUGCAUUUCUAAGGGGUCUGGGUAACUAUAAGCAGCGUAGUGGGGGAGCCAACAUCCUAUCGUUUACACCUUACAGGUCUGCAAACAUCAAAGGGUUAUUUGAAUUGAUGUCAUUAGGAUCCCCAUUAGCCGACACCAAUGGUGACAUCUAGUCUACCUGGGGUCCGACACACAACGAAAAAAUACAUUACAGACAAAAAUACUAUAAUUUACAUACAUUUAAAAAUAUUAACAUUAGCUAGGUUUCCAUCCA